AUGAGCGCGGGGACGACACCAACAACGACGGGCGAGCAGACGAUAGUCUCGGCUCCGGGCAAGGUGCUGCUUGCUGGCGGAUACCUUGUCCUGGACAGGCUGUACACCGGUCUCGUCGUUGCUACGUCGUCACGGUUCUACUGCUCCGUCGCCCCCGGACAGGCUGGAAUCGUCAGCGUGCGUGCCGGCCAGUUCCCCGCCGACGCCAGCGUCUGGAAGUACGCCGCCAAGGUCGCCAACGGGAAGCUCGAUCUGCAGGCCGCGGGAGACGAGCGCAACAAGUUCGUCCAAACGACUCUCCAGACGACACUCGAGUACGCGGCGCAGAGGCUCGAGCGCGAGGGGCGUGCCAGCGAGCUGUCAGCUGUUCUCGAGAAGGGUCUCGACAUUGUUGUGUUCGCCGACAACGACUUUUACUCUCAGCGCGAGCAGCUCGCCGCCGCGGGGCUCCCGCUGAAGGUGUCGUCGCUCGACAAGCUGGAGCGCUUCACCCCGCUCCCGCGACCGCUGGGCAAGACGAACAAGACUGGUCUCGGCUCUAGCGCUGCGCUCGUUACGUCGCUUGUCGCUGCGCUUCUGCUCCACCUUGGCCUUGCCGUUCUGCCCACGGGUCAGGACACUAUCCACGCUCUGGCGCAGGCAGCCCACUGUGCUGCGCAGGGCAAGGUCGGCAGCGGCUUCGACGUCGCCUCCGCCGUAUACGGAACGCACGUGUACCGCCGGUUCUCGCCGUCGGUGCUCGAGCCCAUGUUCACGGGCACUGCAUCUCUCCUCGACAUCGUCUCGGGCAUGUGGGACCAGGAGACGCGGCCGUUCCGUCUGCCCCGUGGGCUGCGGUUGAUGCUCGCCGACGUCGACGCCGGCACGGACACGCCGUCCUUUGUCGGCCAGGUGCUCAAGUGGCGCAAGGAGAAGAGCGAGGAGGCGCUGCGCAUGUGGACCGUCCAGGACGCCGCGAACAAGGCGCUCGAGGAGGCGCUUCGCGGCCUCGCGCAGCUCGAGAACGAGCCCGGAUACACCGAGACGCUCCAGGCUGCUAUUGGCCAGGAGGUCGCUAAUCUGAAGCAUAUCCGCGGCGCGAUCGAGGGCGUGCGCAAGGGUAUGCGCGACAUGAGCCUUGCAUCUGGUGUUCCAAUCGAGCCGAAGGAGCAGACGCGCCUGCUAGACGAGUGCUCCAAGCUGCCUGGUGUCCUCGGCGGUGGUGUUCCGGGAGCCGGCGGCUACGAUGCCAUCUGGCUUCUGGCGAUCGACGACCCGUCCAGUCUGGAGGGCGUUGAGCGUGUGUGGGAGGGUUGGACGGAGAUGAGCGUCUGCCCCCUUUCGGCGAGGCAGAGCGACGGCGGCCUGCAGCGCGAGCAGCCCGAGGUGCUCGCCGCUGCCCUUGCUCGCAAGUAA